AUGUGGAGAGCAACACAGCUGUGCAAAGAAGUGCGGCUUUGCAGUUUCGUACAGCGUCCAGGACAUGCGACUGCCAGCAUUCGAUGGUAUCGCCGAACUCUUUGGAAGUCUGAGUUUCCAAGUGAUCUGCCACCAGCGCUGAGACAGAAUGCAGCAGUUAUCCGACAUGCUGCGCCAGAGGUUUCUCCUCACAAGGCAGUCUUCACCAUUCAUGCUUCCCAGAAAAUCUGGGAGAUUGCUAUCGACCUGUGUGCACGUGGUGCCGUAAAUGACUUGGCAGCAAACAUCAUCUAUCGAGCCUUGGCUGCUCUGGAUUGCACCGAUUGGAAUGAAUACAUCCGCAGACAGGAAGACUUCCGGCAAGACCUCUUUACAGCCUGCUCAAAUCUCUUCGAAGUUCACCACGUCCACGAAGGUGCAGAGUGCAUCUUUGGUGUUCUCAAUGAAACCACUUUGAGGUCUAUUUCGCCGGUCAUGAAGACAUCAAAAAGACAACUGUUGCGGACCUUGGUCGUGGACAUCAUUGAGGAGUGGGUGCUCCUGCACCAAGAAUCCUUCAGCCGCAUCGACGGGACAAAAUUGCUUGAAGUUGUGGGUCCAGCCGCUUUUGUGAAACUGAUUCCUCGACUGGGGAUAGGCGUCCAGAGCGUUCAGCCUGAGGAUUUGGAGGUCUUGUUCCACCACUUGUCAGAAGAGUCUCGUGACAUGUUUGGAGUCAUCCGGAUUGGCCUCUCAUUCUUGCCAGUGGAUUCUUUGUCGGAUUCGCUGGGAGGAUCCAGUUGGUCUUUGAGGCGUGUCCUGAAGCUGAUUGAAGGAAGACGCAGCGAACACGGGCUUCGAUUCUUUUUGGCCCACCUGACACCUGAACUUCUCAUGCAGGCUCUGUCAGCUCUCAGGGAGCGGGACUUGGACACGGGCUUGUCUCGAAAUCCUUGGUCUUUUUCAUUCAGCCUUUGCGUGGAGGCAGACGUCCGGAAAGGGGCACCCAUAUUGCCGAACUUACCUGCUGUGUGGCCAAUGCAUGCUCCUCCAGCACCACCCCGUCCUCAGUUAGCUGCAGUAGAUGAGGAUGAUGAGGUGCCUAAGAGGCAACGCAUGUGGCUGACGGAUGGGGAAUUGAUGCCCUUUUCGAUGACCCGCCGAAGACCGCAGCCCCUUGCUGGCCUGGCGCCGCCAUCCCAGCUGCGGGACUCUUCGUGGCCACAGCUGGCGUUUGAUCCUGAUGCUGCAUUGGAAGAAGAUCGCGGGGAGAGAACUUAUUGCACGGUCGAUGCAUACGAAGCCCUUGGAUCAGAAUCCAAUGCUGUGGCCCUGUGGAAUGCUGGGAAUGCUGAUUUGUCAACAAAGGAGAAUGCUACAAGCCACUCAAACUUGGUGGAGCAAGUGGAGGCGUUGCCUUCACCUUCAGCAACUUUGCCGCUGGACGCAAUCCACUUUGUUGAUUCAGCUCAAGGUCUCUCCCAUGUGCUGACUUUCUUUCAACAGGCUGCUCCUGCCUACAUUGGCAUUGACCUUGAAUGGUCGGAUCCGCAGCCAGUCUCGAUCAUCCAGAUCGCAACGCCCAGUCGAGCUUUUGUUCUGGAUUGCGUCAACAGGACGCCAUUGUACAUGUCAGUGCUGCACUAUUUGAUGGACUACCUGCUGAAGCGAGAAGCAACUACAAAGCUCUUCUUUGGUUUUCCACAUGACUUGGUUCGCCUGAACAUGCUCUUCGGACCACUUGGCCGUACCUUUGGCUUCCAGGACUACAUUGCAAGCGUACUUGACCUCUACACUCAACGAGUGCGGAGGGUACAAGUGAGGAAGCCACGUGAGGAGGAUACCCCUUUGGGGCGUGAGAUGCUCAUGGGCGAAGCUCUCAAGGCUGAAGACCUGGAAGAGAUUGCACGUGUUGGAGAAGAGCCUUUGCCACCAUAUCCGAUGGAGGAGUAUUCUGAGCAAGCUUUCACUGUUGGUGGCCAUCAAUCCUUGUCCCGAUUGGUCGACACAUACUUGGGAGAGACGUUGAACAAACAAUACCGAGUCAGCAAUUGGAACUUUCGCCCAUUGAGCACUCUGCAGGUCCUCUAUGCCGCUACAGAUGCACACGUGCUCUUGCGGCUAGAAGCUGCCAUGCGUAAGGAAAAGGUGUUGCCACAAAGAACUUGGGGCGUCUCAUAUCGUGACAGUCAGCAACCUGCGUGGUGGCGACCGGUGGAUCCAGACUGUGGUGAGGAAAAGAUGGGACGGAAGCAGGAUGGAUAG